AUGGCCAUAGUAACGAGGUUAAUGGAUAAUGAUCCUAAAACCUCAGUGCGAUAUGUUUUGUCGUACCUCAUUACACCUGAGGUUGCCAGUAAUUUCACGCUACUUGGCACUUCUUUAAAACGAGCACUUCAGAAAUGCCGGCUUUACGGCUGCUUACGAAGUGCAUUAACCAAUCGCUUUUUGUCAUCAUCUGUCAACGAAAAAGACCUUGCGAAACUGUAUGAUAUCACGACACAAGAUUAUUUUCACGACGUCAGAGACAAAUUGGUAAAGCGUAAAAGGAGGAAACAAGGACAGGUAUGUACUAAUUUAAAGUGA